AUGGAAUGGGAAAGACGGGAAUUUUUUCCACAAUGUCAAGGGGUCGGCAACAAGGAGUCCGAGGAUUGGUGUGGUUGUUGGCGGGAACACGGAAUCCAGGUGCUGAUAUCGAGAUCUGUGGAGGUUGAAAGUUAUUCGAUGAAGGUCAAAUUGGAUGUUGGUAUCACAGUGAGUGCCGGGUAA